AGGUUAUAUGUUAGGUUAUAUAUAAUUUAUGCUUAAUUGAAAACUAGUUUCAACCUGUGGCUGCUGUAUAAAGCAGGAUCAUGUAGCUGUACAUAUUGUGAAAUGGACUUUGUGGGAAAUUAUAUUUCCAGUCCCCUUUUUCCUGCAAUAUACUUCUUAUUUCUACUGGCAUUUUGUAUUUCUUAAAAUGUCAAAUAGUUUUAUUUUGAAGGCCAUAGCCGGAAGUAAUGUAUCCUGUCAAGUCUAGCUUGAUAGACUACCUGUAAAUGCUAAUACAGGCUAUGGAAACAUUGUUUGGUUAUAUUUUAUUUUGGAAGAACUUCGCCGGAAACGAACAGGUAUUUUUUUCCCGUCAUUUUGACAGUAACAGGUUAACAAAGGGAGGAACCUUGUUAACUGGAGUUUCGCCUGCAACUCGAGAUGUCGUGCACAACUCAGCGCAUUUUACGCACGGUGACUGACCACAACAAGCCAGCGGGCACGUUACGUAAGCGCGCAGCCACAGCAGGCAUUUAAACAGUGAGGCUGUGAAGCUCCAGCUGGAAACUUUUCCUCUGCCGUCUAUACCCAGACUCUGCACAGCUUUAGCACCCAGACAUGUCCUCUUAUAACAACAGCGUGUGUUUUAACGAGGCCAGGAGAGUGGCUAUUUUCGGAGGAACGCACGGGAACGAGAUGUCAGGCGUGACGCUCGUAAACCUGUGGGUGAAGAAUAGCGCCGAGAUACAGAGAAAAGGGGUCGAGACCAAACCUUUCAUCACCAACCCGAAGGCUGUGGAGAAGUGCACCAGAUAUGUGGACACGGAUCUGAACCGAGCCUUCAGCCCAGAAAACCUCAGUGCCCCGGGAGGAGAUGACCUGCCCUACGAGGUGCAGAGAGCCCAGGAGAUCAACAGGAUAUUUGGACCCAAAGGAAGCCCAGAGGCCUACGAUGUCAUCUUUGACCUCCACAACACGACGUCCAACAUGGGCUGCACUCUGAUUCUGGAGAGCUCCAAAGACCACUUCAAUCUGCAGAUGAUGAACUACAUCAAGAAAGCCAUCGCUCCAGCCAGUUGUCUUGUUCUGCUGAAUGAACAUCCUCUUUUGAAAUAUUCCACUUCGCGCUCCGUUGCCAAGCACCCUGUUGGUCUGGAAGUGGGUCCUCAGCCUCAAGGUGUUUUGAGGAGUAACAUCUUUGAAGCUAUGAGGGUAAUACUGAAACAUGCCUUGGACUUCAUCGAACUUUUUAAUGAAGGCAUGGAGUUCCCUCCCUGUACAGUGGAAGUUUUCCGGGUGUUAGAGAGGAUUGACUACCCCAGGGAUGCCAAUGGAAACAUCAUUGCCAUGGUGCACCCCAAUCUGCAGGACUGUGACUGGGAACCACUGAACCCCGGUGACCCUAUGUUCCAAACAUUUGAUGGAAAGACCAUCCGCUACCAGGGCUCAGGCACCGUCUAUCCCACUUUUAUUAAUGAGGCAGCCUAUUAUGAAAAACAACAGGCAUUUGUAACCACUAGGCGAGAAACCUUGGUAGCAAGUUCCAUCAGAAAAGCAUGAAAAGUUGGUUUGUAAGGUUAACAGCGAUCAUGAAUAUGUGUUAGCCACAGCAACAAUCUAUGUAAAGAUUUUGCACUUUGUUCUGUUAACAAAUGACAGACUUUCCUCACAUAAUGACUAGAUACCAUCUUUUACACACUGAUUUAGUUUUCUAUGCGUUUACUAUCAGAAAAUCCAUUAACUAUGCAAUUUGUGAAGGCUUUGCAAAGAGUCACUGUGAAAGUCUCUGAUCUGAAGACUGGUCUAUUGCUGUGGUAAGUAUUUAUGAUACUGCUGUAAUUUUUAAAAUAUAUUUACAUUAAAUCAACUAAGUUUUUAUAAUAUUAAAGGCCAGGCCUAAUCAUUGAUGGCUUACGAAUCAUUAUACAACACUCCUACUACUGCUCAGGACGGCCAUUGAGGAUCAUAACCUGCAACUUUUGACCCAAACCUGUAGUUUGUCUUCUUCUGAAAAUAUAUUUGUAACAUCUUUGGCAGGGUGUUUGUGGCCUUUUGAUUCUACCUACCUGUAACUCCAGUGGUUGCAUCUGUGGUGCUGUCCUAUAGUUGCCUUAAUAGAGAUUUCAGAGACAAUUGCACAACAAAUUUGGUGUGGAAUUUGUAGAUUAUGUGUUGGAUAACAAGAUAUUAUUUUGAUAAGAAAUGGUAUAUGUUCUGUCCCUCUAUACAAAUGGGAUGCAUUUUGAAACAAGUUUUAUAAUAAUAUAUUUGUGUCUAUUUUGAUAUACUUGUACUGUAUGUUUGGUUUUAAGUGACAUAUAGGACUUGUUGAGUCAUGCAAAGCAUAUGUACUUUCUAAUAUUUUUAUGUCUUUGUUGUCUCAAAGUGUAUCGCUGUGGUCUUAAAGUAAUUCAUUUUUCAUUCGGCAAUAUUUUUGGUAGCACCAUUUAUAUGAUUAGUAAAGUUUAUUGUCCUUGAGGUCCUGUGGAAAUUUUCCAUUCAAUAAAUGUAGUACUAUGCUAUACUCUGCUAUAGCCCUUCAUA